AUGCAGGGUGGGACGGUAGGGAGCGAGACUACCAAUCUAUGGACAGGCGAGCUAUCGAAGAAGGCCGUCGAAGAAGAGAAGAAGAACGAGCUAUGGGGUCGGCUAGAACCGAAGAUGGAAGAGUCAGCGAUCCUCAUGAGGGGUCAAGGACAUUAUGGCAAAGCAGAGUUCUUCGAAGGAGAUGAGCAGGAGGGAGAAGUCGAAGACGAGCAGGACGAAGCCGAAGCGCAGAUGGCUGCUAUGAUGGGAUUCGGAGGGUUCAACACUACCAAGAAAAAGAACGUGCAGCAGAAUGUGGAAGGAGGGGCCAAUGUGCACAAAGAGAGGACAUGGCGACAGUAUAUGAACAGGCGUGGUGGGUUCAAUAGGCCCUUGGACAAGGUCAAGGACUAG